AUGAAUCAUUUAACGGAAAAUGGUGGCACUGUCGCAAUUAAGAACUCUCACUCGCUAAGUUCUUCGUUCGACCUAGUACUAAACUGCGAUUUUAGUUUAUGUUCGGUUCCAAAACGCUGUACUAUGAGUGAUUUUUGUUGUAAUGAACAAAAUUUUUGUUUGUUUUGUAAAGGCGAUAAAAUAGUAGAGGUUAUUGCAGGUUUAUGUCUGGAUUUGGACUUUCAAGCAAGGAUCAAAAUAAAGCUAAAACAUGACGGAACAAAAACAGCGAGCAGAGCUCAGGGAACGAUAUAUUCGACUUAUUUCUUUUCUUGCGCAAAAAGAGCACCGUUAACACCAAUUAAUAAGGAAGAAACACAGGUUGCUUUGUCAGAUGUCCACAUCAUACCAGUCACUGUCCACUUUUAUUUUCAGGUUGAGAUACAUUUGCACGAAAAAACUUGUGUUCGUGGCAAAUUUAUCGUAAUGAAAGCUGAUAGCAGUCAUUUUGCUGUCGACAUGCUGCAAACCCCAAUUGGCGUCGUUAACCACGCAAUAAUUCGUGUUAGUGACACGAUAACACUAAAAGCAAAUUUGAACGGGCCAACCAAUGAAAGAAGUCUAUGA